AUGAGAUGGAACCACAGACCCAGAGAGCACCACCCCGCCGACCUGCGCAGGGCUGGCAGCCUGCGCUGCUGCACACCACCCCUGCACCUGCGUGCUGCUGUGAACCACCCCUGCACCUGCGUGCUGCACACCACCCCUGCACCUGCGUGCUGCUGCACACCACCCCUGCACCUGCGUGCUGCACACCACCCCUGCACCUGCGUGCUGCACACCACCCCUGCACCUGUGUGCUGCUGCACACCACCCCUGCACCUGUGUGCUGCUGCACACCACCCCUGCACCUGCGUGCUGCACACCACCCCUGCACCUGCGUGCUGCUGUGAACCACCCCUGCACCUGCGUGCUGCACACCACCCCUGCACCUGCGUGCUGCACACCACCCCUGCACCUGCGCUGCUGCACACCACCCCUGCACCUGUGUGCUGCUGCACACCACCCCUGCACCUGCGUGCUGCACACCACCCCUGCACCUGCGUGCUGCUGCACACCACCCCUGCACCUGUGUGCUGCUGCACACCACCCCUGCACCUGCGUGCUGCACACCACCCCUGCACCUGCGUGCUGCACACCACCCCUGCACCUGUGUGCUGCUGUGAACCACCCCUGCACCUGCGUGCUGCACACCACCCCUGCACCUGCGUGCUGCUGCACACCACCCCUGCACCUGCGUGCUGCUGCACACCACCCCUGCACCUGUGUGCUGCUGUGAACCACCCCUGCACCUGUGCGCUGCUGCACACCACCCCUGCACCUGCGUGCUGCACACCACCCCUGCACCUGCGUGCUGCUGCACACCACCCCUGCACCUGUGCGCUGCUGCACACCACCCCUGCACCUGUGCGCUGCUGCACACCACCCCUGCACCUGCGUGCUGCACACCACCCCUGCACCUGCGUGCUGCACACCACCCCUGCACCUGUGUGCUGCUGCACACCACCCCUGCACCUGUGUGCUGCUGUGAACCACCCCUGCACCUGCGUGCUGCACACCACCCCUGCAAGUGUGUGCUGCUGCACACCACCCCUGCACCUGCGUGCUGCUGUGAACCACCCCUGCACCUGCGUCCUGCACACCACCCCUGCACCUGUGUGCUGCUGCACACCACCCCUGCACCUGUGUGCUGCACACCACCCCUGCACCUGCGUGCUGCACACCACCCCUGCACCUGUGUGCUGCUGCACACCACCCCUGCACCUGCGUGCUGCUGUGAACCACCCCUGCACCUGCGUGCUGCACACCACCCCUGCACCUGUGUGCUGCUGUGAACCACCCCUGCACCUGCGUGCUGCUGCACACCACCCCUGCACCUGUGUGCUGCUGUGA